CCGAGACCCAACCAAUCACUCUGUUGCCAACGGGCAAGUCGACAACCAGCCACACCAAAGGCGAAACGGCAGCGCAGAGCAGAGCCCCCUGCUUUUCCGCCUCCGCCACCGCGCCCAUGGCAGGCGGCCGCGGCGGCCGUGGCCGCGGCGGCGGAAGGAACCCGGCGACGACCUCCUCCUCCUCCUCAUCGGGGCGGCACAAGUACCGGGUCUCGCGCGAGUUCGGCCAUGAAAGUCCCUUACAAUCUCAAAAGGAGGGGUCGAGUUCAUCUUCUCCAUCAGUCAGCAGUAAAAAAUCACCGCAGCAGAUGGUUACACCAGUUCUGCCAAAGUCUCUUGAUUCACCAGUUGAACCACCGAAGUCUCUCGAUUCUCAGAAGGAAGGGCCAUGUUCAUCUUCUCCCUCAGUUAGCAGUAAAAGAUCGCAGAUGGGUACACCAGUUCUACCAAAGUCUCUAGAUUCACCAGUUCAACCACCAAAGUCUCUCUAUUCACCGCUGAUGAUGGCUAAACAAGUUCAUCCACCGAAAUCUCAAGAUCCACUGGUUCAAACGGUUGCAUCGAUUCAAAUAUCAAGACCUCCAGAAUACAGUAGCGCUUCAUGUGGCUCUGGAGCUGUGGGGUCUCUCGAUUCACCAGUUCAACCAUGGAAGUCUCUCGAUUCAUCACUGAUGAUGUCCGAACAAGUUCAACAACCGAAAUCUCAAGAUUCGCUGGUCCAAAUGGUUGCGUCGAUUCAACUAUCAAACCCUCUAGACUCCAGUAGUGCUUCAACUGGCUCUGGAGCUGUGGGGUCUGAUUUAGGAGCUGCUCCAUUUGAUAUAUGCAUGGGUAACAGCAAAGGCAUUUUCAAGCUAAAUCGCCCUUUACAUGAGAUCAAGAGAGAAGAAAAACGCCUCCGUGCAAGGGAGCUUUCAAACAGUGCAGCUCAGUUGCAACAUCUGAGACCUGGGAUGGUUUUAUUGAAAAGCUUCUUAAAGCCGGAUGAUCAGGUUGAAAUUAUCAAGCUUUGUCGGGAACUUGGUGUUGGCACAGGAGGAUUUUAUCAACCUGCCUACAGAGAUGGUGGUAAGCUAAGUCUGCGGAUGAUGUGCUUAGGGAAGAACUGGGAUCCAGAUUCAAGAUCAUAUGGAGAUAUACGACCCUAUGAUGGGGCUCAACCACCACAGAUGCCACAAGAAUUGACUAAGUUUGUUGAAGAAGCCAUUAAAGCUUCCCAUGAUUUCUUGAAACAAAGAGGCAAGGGAGCUACCGAUCCCGCUGUAGAACUUCCUCUGAUGUCACCUGACAUCUGCAUUGUGAACUUCUACACCACUGGCGGGAAGUUAGGUCUUCAUCAGGACAAAGAUGAAGAUAAAUCUAGCCUUGACAAGGGACUGCCUGUUGUUUCCUUUUCAUUGGGUGACACUGCAGAAUUCUUGUAUGGCGAUGACAGAGAUGUUGAUAAGGCUUCAAAGAUUAAACUUGAAUCUGGUGAUGUUCUGAUAUUUGGUGGUCAAUCAAGGCGCAUAUUCCAUGGGGUCUCCAGCAUUGCGCCGAAAAGUGCACCACUCUGGGUGACCGACAAGGCAAAUCUUCGACCCGGGCGUCUGAACCUCACAUUCAGGCAGCAUAAGUAUGAGCCCUAGGGGGCUAGGGCAGGCUGCAUUCAGCACCUCCCUUUAGGCAUAGUGCAAGCAGAGGGUAGGGCUCUCAUGUUCUAUUUAUGUGCCCUGUUAGAAAAUGUUUGCAAGAACACCUAUCUAUUUGAAAACCUUAUUAUGUGUGUUCAUCAUGCACGAUAAAGUCGCUUCUAUCA